AUGUCAAUGGGCCUGGAAAUGAACAACACUCCUGUCCAAUCCAAUCAGGCAAUGGAUACCACUAAAUUAAGACCCACCCUGCAAUUGUUAGACAAUCAUCCAUCAGCCAUAAACCGCGGGAAAGAAUUAAGAAUUGAUUCUCCAGGUAUCAGUGUUCAACAGCCAACCAUUCAUGACAAUAUCAUUGCUGUACCAUCUACAAUCUUGUCAUUAGGAAUUCCAAGAGGUCCUGUGGAAGCUGCAGAGAAAUUAAUCAGCCAGACACCACCAAUCAACACUCCUGAGGCACACAACAAGAUUACUGUUGAAAAUUCAAACUUUCAUCCAAAUCCCACCCAUUCUUCAGAGGCUGUAGCAACUACUCAAAUCAACCAAGCAGUAUCACAUUGAAACAUGCAGAAGCUGGCCCUAGUUCUGAUCACCUCCAACUGACACCAGAGAAGAAAAGGAAAAUGUCAGAUUAUCUUACUGGUAGCUC